AUGUUACCGUGGAGGAUUGUUUCGUAUGUGAGCCAACGAGACCAGAACCACCCGUCUCUCACAGUCAAGGAGACGCUCCAGUUCGCGCAUGCCUGCUGUGGUGGCAGCCUCCCAACGCGUGACGAGCAACACUUCAUUAACGGUACACCCGAGGAGAAUAAUGCCGCGCUCGACGCUGCUAGAGCCAUGUUCAAACACUACCCGGACAUCGUGAUUCAGCAACUCGGUCUCGAUAUCUGCCAAAACACCAUCGUGGGUGACGCCAUGACUCGCGGUGUAUCUAGAGGAGAGCGUAAGCGCGUUACCACGGGCGAGAUGGAGUUUGGCAACAAGUACGUCAUGAUGAUGGUCGAGAUCAGCACGGGUCUCGACAGCGCCGCCACGUUCGACAUUAUCAUGACGCAGCGUAGCUUCGCCAAGAAGUUCCGGAAGACGGUGGUGAUCUCGUUGCUGCAGCCGUCACCCGAGGUCUUCGAACUGUUCGACGACGUGAUGAUCCUGAACGACGGUCAUGUGAUGUAUCAUGGCCCGCGCUCUGAGGCAUUGGGGUACUUCGAGAGUCUUGGCUUCAAAUGCCCUCCACGUCGCGAUGUGGCCGACUUCCUGCUGGAUUUGGGCACCGACAAGCAGUCGCAGUACGAGGUGAUCUCGGUUCCGUCUGGUAAUAUGCCGCGCUUGGCUAGUGAGUACGCUGCUGUCUUCACGUGUUCUCGAAUCUACGAGCUUAUGAUGAACAACCUUCAUGGCUCAAUCUCUACGAAUAUGCUCGAAGACAACGAAAAACACAUAGCUGCUGUCCCCGAGUUCCAGCUUGAUUUUCUAGAGAGUACGAUCGUGAUGCAACGGCAGCUUACUCUCACAAGACGGAACAGAGAGUUCAUUGUCGGACGCUCCGUCAUGGUAAUCCUGAUGGCGUUGCUGUACUCGAGUGUGCAUUACCAGUUCGAUGAAGUGAACGCACAGCUGGUCAUGGGGUUCACCUUCAGUGUGGUCAUGUUCGUGUCUCUGGGGCAGCAAGCUCAGAUCCCGACCUUCAUUGCAGCUCGUGACGUGUUCUACAAACAGUGCCGGGCUAAUUUUUUUCGGACGUCGUCGUUCGUGCUGUCCAACUCGGUGAGCCAGAUUCCGCUCGGUUUCGCUGAAAGUUUUCGCUUGUAUACUGGAUGGGUGGCAUGGAUCUUUUUCUUGUCGUGUGCGUCGCCCAAUCUAAACGUCGCCAAUCCCGUAUCGAUGGUAUUCAUUCUUUUCUUCGUCCUGUUCGCCGGUUUUAUCAUCACCAAGGAUCAAAUUCCUGAUUACCUUGUCUUGAAUCAAAGGAUCAACCCAAUGGCUUGGAGUGUUCGAGCGCUUGCCGUGAACCAGUACACCGACUCGAGCUUUGAUACGUGUGUGUACAAAGGAGUUGACUACUGCACCAACUACAACAUGACCAUGGGUGAGUAUUCCUUGACAACGUUCGAGGUACCGACUGAGAGGUUUUGGUUGUGGUGCGGCAUGGUCUUCAUGGCAGCAGCCUACGUGUUCUUUAUUUUUCUAUCGUGCGUCGCAUUGGAGUAUCACCGGUAUGAAAGCCCCGAGAAUGUGACGCUCGAUCCGGUCAACAAGGAUAGUUCAUCGGAAGAAUAUGGUUCGAUGAACACUCCACGCAGCUUGCUGAACGAAGCUGUGGUGUCGGUUGCUCCAGACAGGGAGAAACACUUUAUUCCGGUCACUAUCGCAUUCAAGGACCUCUGGUACACCGUGCCCGAUCCAGCCAACCCCAAGGACACUAUUGACGUGCUCAAGGGUAUUAGCGGAUACGCUCUUCCAGGAACUAUCACAGCGCUCAUGGGUUCCUCAGGUGCUGGUAAAACUACUCCCAUGGACGUCAUCGCCGGACGCAAGACCGGCGGCAAGAUCAGUGGUCAAAUUCUGCUGAAUGGCCACUCAGCCACAGACCUCGCUAUCCGUCGAUCCACAGGGUACUGCGAGCAGAUGGACAUCCAUUCCGAGUCGGCUACCAUCCGUGAGGCUCUAACGUUUAGCGCAUUUCUGCGCCAGGGAGCCGAUGUUCCAGACAGCAGCAAGCACGACUCAGUGAACGAGUGUCUCGACCUACUGGACCUGCAUCCGAUUGCCGACCAGAUUAUCCGCGUGGAGCAGAUGAAACGAUUGACAAUUGGCGUGGAGAUGGCGGCUCAACCGAGUGUACUCUUCUUGGAUGAACCGACAAGUGGUCUGGACGCUCGAUCAUCCAAGCUCAUUAUGGACGGUGUCCGCAAGGUGGCGAACACGGGUCGUACAGUGUUGUGCACAAUCCACCAGCCGUCCACGGAGCGUGGUGGCGAGACGGUAUUUGUGGGUGAACUUGGUAAGAACGCGAAUGAGAUGGUUGCGUACUUCGAGUCAAUUGACGGCGUGGCUAAGCUGGAGGACAACUACAAUCCUGCGACGUGGAUGCUGGAGGUUAUUGGCGCCGGUGUUGGCAACAGCAACGCUGACAAGACGGACUUCGUGAAGAUCUUUCAGUCGAGUAAGCAUUUCCAGUUCUUGCAGUCGAACUUGGACCGCGAGGGCGUGACUCGUCCGUCGCUGGACUUACCUGAGCUGACCUAUAGUGGCAAGCGUGCUGCGACGGAGAUGACACAAACCAAUUUCCUGUUGCAGCGUUUCUUCUGGAUGUACUGGCGUACGGCGUCGUACAACUUGACACGGUUCAGCCUAUUCCUCAUUCUCGGGCCUUUAUUCGGCGUCACGUAUUUUAGUGCGGACUACAGCUCAUACGCCUGCAUCAACUCGGGUAUGGGCAUGCUAUUCUGCACGAUGGGCUUCAUCGGGUUCGUCUCCUUCACGAGUGUUGUGCCGAUCUCAUCCGCCUACCGGUUGGCAUUUUACCGUGAGCGCGCUGCUCAGACAUACAAUGCGCUCUGGUAUUUCGUGGGUUCGACAGUGGUUGAGAUCCCGUACGUCUUCUUCAGCACCAUGUUCUUUAUGAUGCUAUUCUUCCGGAUUCACGGGAGCAACCACAUUCUUCGCGUAUUGGCUUCAUCUCUCCAUGCACGUGCUGUGACAGGCGUACUUUGGACAAUUCAUGUCGUACCUCAUGCCGACCGUCGAAGUUGCAACAGUGUUUGGAGUGCUGAUGCAGAUGAUCUUCUUCUUGUUCUGUGGGUUCAAUCCUCCUGGAGAUUCAAUCCCUCAAGGGUACAAGUGGCUCUACUAGAUUACACCACACAAGUACGCGCUGGCUUUGGUCGCAUCUCUGGUGUUUGGAGACUGCCCUAG